AUGGGCAAAAAGAAGAGGGGUCACCCCGAUGUCGAAGAGGUCCUCGCGCGGCCGUGGUGUUACUACUGCGAGCGAGACUUUGAUGACCUAAAGAUCCUAAUAUCACAUCAAAAGGCCAAGCACUUUAAGUGUGAGCGAUGUGGUCGCAGACUCAAUACCGCUGGUGGCCUUUCUGUACACAUGAAUCAAGUCCAUAAGGAGAACCUCACCAACGUCGAGAACGCGCUACCGAAUCGAGCCGGACUGGACAUCGAGAUCUUCGGCAUGGAGGGCAUUCCGGAAGACGUCAUACAAUCGCAUAACCAGCGUGUCUUGCAACAAUACUACGAAGCCGAGGCAGAGCGACGAGCUGCGACAGGCAACCCGGGACCGGGCGGGACAGCCGCUGCUGGUGGAGCGAAGAAGCCCAAGUUUGAAUCACCGUCAGAUUUGAAGAAACGACUGGCGGAGCAUAAAGCGAAGAAGGCAGCGCAAGAGGCUGCAGGUGGAAGCAGCGGCGAUGUCACUCCGCUAGGCGCAGGCCACGGUGCACAGAGUCCAGCAAUAAACCAUAGCCCAUUAGGCUUCGCCGGACCUCCUGGGUACAUGCAGCAGCAGCCAGCCUUCUCAGGCCCGCAAGGUACACCUCCCCAGUCUGCAUAUACGCAACCCUACGGUCAGCCUCCUCAGUAUGCUCAGGCACCUAUCCAAUCCCCGUACCAGCAACAUCCGCCCUUCUCACAGCCAGGAUUCGGGGGCCCGCCGCCGUUCUCUCCAGCAGGCGCUUCCCCUUUCUCGCCACCACCCGGACAACAGUACCCACAGCCCGGUGUGCCAUCCUUCCCACCGCAGUUUCCAGGUGGCCCGCCACGUCCCUUUGGGGCUGGGUCACCACCGUUCCACCAAGGUCCAUCACAACCACCUCAUAACCACAAUCCCUCAGCAGGCCCGAUUCCAUCCCGGCAAGGCAGUCUGCCUGCAGCCCCUGGCUUGCCUCAACGUCCCUCCUUUGGAGCGCCGCACGUCAACGCGUUUCAACUGCAGCAGAUGCAUCAAGGCCACAUUCCUGGUGCCACAAACCCAUCACAGACAGGCGGCUUCCCUCCUCAGCAGAGCCAUGCGCCGCCCAAUGAAGUAUCUGAAGAGUCGACGGGUGGCACUCGCGAGCAGGACCAUUCAAGAGAGGGCGCCCCAGGCUCAGCCCAAUACGAUACUCCACAACCCGCACCAGCGAAUGCAACUUCAGUGGACGAACUCAUUUCCAGCGCCGCCAAAGACGUUGACGGAAGUAAACCAGCGACAACUGAAGCUGGACCGGAGAAGAAGGCGAAGAAGGAGAAGGACAAGAACACGAGACAGGUGUAUACUGACAACGAUGUCAGUCCGGAGGAGAAGAUGGCGCAGUUGCCAAGGUACGCAUUCGUCCCAGACUAUAGAGAGGAGACUGUACUCGGACCGGCCGAGGCUGCAGUCACAGGGCCGGCGCUUGGAGAGGACGAUGUCAUAGACAGGAUGGAUUGA